ACCCGGAAGUUUCCGAUGGAUGAUGUUGGCGAAUACUAAGCGCUGAUUUGCUCGUCCAUUGCUGCUCCGCUGGCGCUCAGUAAACCGGCUCUGCGGGGAUGUCCGGCAGUGUGAGUGCUCCUCCGGCAUGAAGCAGGGCUCUCGGUGACUCCUCCAGGAUGCUCCGGCUGUUCGCGGCUCUGGUGGUCCUCGGGCUGCUGCUCGCCUGCUUCACUUCCUGGCUCUUCGACAGCUAUGACGGCGCCUGGCACCCGAAACGCAGCUUAUUCCCCCAGUCCGGGCGCAGCGGCGGCCCUCCGCACCCCGGCGGACAGCGGGACAACAUCUUCUGGUUCGUGCAGGUGUCUGACAUCCAUAUCAGCCGUUUCCACGAUCCAAGGCGCAUCCCAGACUUCGAGAAGUUCUGCACUGACACUAUUGACGUCAUUAAACCUGAUCUUGUGCUGGCCACAGGGGACUUGACAGAUGCAAAGACUGAGAGUAAAAUGGGCUCUCUUCAACAUGAAGUGGAAUGGCAGGCCUACCACAACGUCCUGAAAAGAUCUCGGGUGCUGGAACGCACAAAAUGGAUUGACAUUCGCGGAAACCAUGAUGCCUUUAAUAUCAUUUCUCUGGAGAGUGUGAACAAUUAUUACAGGAAGUACUCUGCCAAUCAGAAAGUAGGAUCCUUCCACUACGUACACAGAACUCCCUUCGGGAACUAUUCAUUUAUUUGUGCUGAUGCCACUCUGGUCCCGGGACCAAAACGGCCUUAUAACUUCUUUGGGAUUAUUGAUGAGUCUCAGAUGGACAUGUUGGCGACCUUCAGAGAGGAGAGCCUGAGCAGUAACAAGUCCAUCUGGUUUGGACAUUAUACCACAUCCACUGUCAUCUCCCCCUCCCCAGGAAUCCGAGAGCUCAUGAGUACAGCUGUGGCGUAUUUGUGCGGGCACCUACACACACUUGGAGGCUUCAUGCCGGCUCUGCACAGUCGACAUCAAGGAGGCACACUGGAGUUAGAGCUGGGAGACUGGAUGGACAACCGCAGGUACAGGAUUUUGGCUUUCGACCAUGACCUGUUCAGCUUCUCUGACUUGACGUUUGAGGACUGGCCCGCCAUGCUGAUUACCAACCCCAAAGACGCACAGUACCUGCAACCGGGAGUGGAGCCUCUGGGUCGAAUCCGCAGUUCCACUCACAUCAGGGUCCUUGCUUUCUCUGAAUCCCCCAUCACAGCCGUGUACGUGAGCGUGGACGGAGUUACACUGGGGAAAGCAGUCAGCGCUGGAGGUCCUCUAUAUGUGCUGCUCUGGGAUCCAAUGCACUACGCUACAGGACUGCACACUAUCAAAGUCAAAGUGGAGGACUCUGCAGGCCGCUCAAAAGUGCAUGAGCAGCAGUUCACGCUGGAGGAAGAGCUCACUCCCAGCUUCGGCUUCGUGCAAUCCUUCAUCCUCCUCACAGACCACUACAUACUGGCGCGGAUCGCUUUCGUGGUAAUAGUUUUACUAAACCUCGGUGGGCUUGUACUCUUCAGAUUUAUGCCAGUCUCUUCAACAAGAGGACUGUCCUCUCAAGCCUGGAUGUCCCUGCAUCUGGUCAGCAAGAGCAACGUGUUCUUCUACACUCUACUGCUGUUUAAUCUGUGUACAGCAUUAGGCCCGUGGUUCAUUGGGGAGGUCAUUGAUGGACACAUCGGCAUCUGCUUUGCUUUCGGCGUGUUUGUGGAUGGCUAUUUCCUUGAAGGCAGCCUUACGUAUGUUGUGGGAUUCAUACAGGUGCUGUUCUUCAAUAUGCCCUUAACCUAUUACCUCUGCUGGAGUCUCCACCACAGGUGUCGCGGCACCAACUUCCGCGCUCAUUUCUGCCGGCCGGGCUGCCGAUGGAGGACUCUGGCGGUGCACCUCGGCAUGCUGGUCCUCAUGAUCUGGCAGGCCUAUUCAUGCUACUUCCUGCUGGAGACCUACGGGUCGCUGGCCUUCUUCAUGUCUCCCGUACGCACCUGGGCCCUCCUUAUGGGCCUGCUGCUGGUGUACAGGGCAUGGUGGGGCAAACCCCUGCGCUUCUCCGAUGGCAGCAAAACCAACCGGCCGUUGUGACGGUGACCGAUUCACCUCGUCUGUAUCGUUGUGCCGGACGUUGUUUUGUGCCAAACUCUUCCCUCCUUUCAACAGAUUUCCAUUAGAGAUAUAGAAAAUAGUAUUUCGCUGUAUUGGAGCGAUGAUGACAUCACUAGCGGAUGACGGAGCUUUCUGAAAGUUCACUAAUGCACAUCAGUAGGUUGCCAAUUUCCACCGUUGUGAACCCGAGCAGUUGUGUGAGGUUUAUUCCGUUGAUAAACUGCGCAUAACGUAUUAUGUGUCAUAUUAUGUGUGUUUUUAUUUAUGAAGAAGCAUCAGGAAAGAAAUAUGACUGCCUGAUAUUCGCGAUCAACGUUUCUGCAUGAAACCACCGUUAUCGAGAGACAGGUCCAUAUGGAUGCUCUCAAAUGGUUUUAAUUAGGGGAGAUGAAUCUUUCUUCACGUUUUUAUUACACUUGUUGACCAAUUAUAAUAUCCAAAAGAUCAUUUAAUGGACGAAGCGUGUCAUUAUGGCAAAUUUAGGGGCUGUUUACACAACACUGUGCUUUAGUUCCAAAUGGAAACCAAUGUUUUGAAGGCCUGAAAACAACACCUUUUCAAAAAAGUAGGUUUUAAAAUGCUGGUUUUUGAAAAUAUAGUGGUUUAAUCGCCACACAAACUACCAAAAUGCUAAUUUGUAAAAACAAAACUAACAAAAAAAAACGAUCUAUUGCUGUGCUCAAGGCCUAAUGGGAUGUUACUUAUCUGCUUUGAUCUGCUUUUUUGAAUUGAGAAAAUUUUCGUUUAUGACCACUUUUUAGUCAUAUCAUACAUUAAAGAGAAUUUUAUCUAAAAUCAUGAUGUACACAAUAGUCUCUGGACUAGCUGCAUCACAGACGCCAAUAUUUGAACAAUCACUUUCUGGUCAUCAGAUAUUAGGCAUGGUUAUAUAUAUUGCGAUCGUGAUUUUCGAAAGUAAUACAUCACUUUGUAAACGUUUAUUAUUACCAUUUGUCGAGUCUCCCCGUACAGUUUGAUAUGGCGCUUUGAUCCAGAAGCCGUUUCGCAUGACGUCACACUUAACAAGCGGAUAAGCUGACAAUUCGUAAUAAUGACGUCGGGUGCGUUUUAAGUCACUUUCGUCAUCACAGGAUGGCGUUGUACUAACUUUUGAUAACAUACAAGAAAAUACAGCAGGAUUGUUAACUCGGUUUAUAGAGCACAGAAUUCGCAUCAGUUGCGCUUGGUCACUGAUCAUCACAAAAGUCGACGUUGCAUUCAUGAUUUCCACCCACUGCUCCACAUAUCUAAUAAGUAGGGCCAGACGGAAUCUGCAGACGUCUUUUGCUAUUUCUCCGCAGAAUUGUGUUAAAAAUCUGCAGAUUAUGCGGAAUGAUUUUGGGAGUAUCAUAACUAAAACCUUAAUGUAUGAAAUAAAAAAUAACACCUUUAUAACUCGUAUUUAAUGUUUACAAUGCAAAUCCAGCUAGAUCUACUUUAUUUGGUAAACAAAGCAAGUCUCUCAUAUAAUAAAUCUACUAAAAGACAAAAUAUUACUGUACAAACUGUAUUGUAAAUAAAUCAGAUGAACAUUUUCACAUAAGUCAAUAAUAUUAAUGUAACUAAAUUAAAAACUGAAUAAAUAUAAAUUUACACACAUUUACACAAGUAAAUAAACAGAAUCAAUGAUGGGCUAAAAAUCUGUGGAAUUCUGCGCGCGCAGAUUCCGUGUGGGCCUACUGAGAAGAUAUUUAAUGGUAUAUAUAAUUCUCUAUUAUGGAUCAGUGAUUCCGCCAUGUUUCUCACUGACAUGCCCCUAACUUAGACACAUUCGGAAAAUUUAAAGUUUGCCACUCUAAUACUAAUAACAAUGACAAUUUAUGCUGCCGUCAUAAAUACGAUUUGUCUGAUAUGACGAAUGCACCACAUGGCCACAAUCGAAUACUUUACAAUCAAAACAACAAUGGCGGACUACAGGACUGUGUGUGUGCAGAUGCGCAGUGUUUCUUUAAAAAAAGUGACACUGCCCCCUACUGGCCUGGCAUGCAUAAAACAUUAGCUGUUUUUGCUGAUCUGUAAGCAGGAAUCAUUUUGACAACAUUAUAAUCUCAAAACAAAGCUUCUAUAUAAAAACACCUAUAACUAAAUGGUUCACCACAAAAUAUUUCCAUUUAUCUUUGAAACACAAAUGAAGAGAUUUUUUUUUUUUACAUCUUUUGACAAUUAUUUUUAUAUAUUUGAUAUUUGCUGAUCAGUGUUCAUAUGUAAACGAAAGAGCGGUUAAUAUGGAUGCUCUCAAAUAAGUUUUAAACUACACUGCAAUUAGAAGAAGAUUAAUCUUUCUUCACAUUUUUAGUACACUUGUUGACAAAUUAUAAUAUAUAACAGAUCAUUUAAUGGAUGACAAAUUUAGGGGUUUUUACACAACAUUGUGCUUUAAUUAAACAGUGUUUAGAUGACCUGAAAAUAAAAUCUUUAUAAAUAGGUUUUCAGAUUAUCCUAGUUUAAACUCCACUACUAAACUAUGAAAGGGAAAUUUGUAAAAACAAAACCGACAUCGGGCACACACGUUUUAUAAGUCCAAUUUAUUGCUGUGCUCAAGUACUCCUCAGACAUUCCUACUUUUAAGCUGAAAAGUCAUCACUUUCGUCAUCACAAGAUGGCUACUUUUGAUAACUUACAAGAAAAUACACCAGGGAUUGUUAACUCUGCUUAUUGACCUUAUUCUUCAAUGCGGAAGUGUGCUCGUCUUUGCGAUUGUUUUAGAACUUGUAUAUAUCGGAGAAAUGACUAGGAAUAAUAAACGGCAGAAAACGGUCAAACUACUUCCUCUACAAACAAGUGUUUACAUGAUUAUACAUACAAAAUAGAAUAAUAUAAUAAGAAAAAAGCAGCAGAACGAGCUGUUUUAAUGUCUAGAAAUGAAUGGAAGUGAAUGAGACUGGAAGUCUCGAGCCAAAAAGUUUCAAAUGGCUGCGCCCUCUCGUACAUAGAGAAUAAGGUGAAUAGAAAACUCGGUUCUAGAGGGCCAGUGUCCUGCAAAGUUUAGUUCCAUCCUCAAUCAGACACACCUGGGCCAUCUAAUCAAGCUCUUCCUAGACCAGGGGUGCUCAACCCUGUCCCUAGAAAUCUACCUUCCUGCAGAUUUCAGUUGCAACCCGUAUCAAACACACCUGCCUGUAAUUAUCAAGCACUGUUCAGGUCCUAUUUAAUUGGUUCAGGUGUGUUUGAUCAGGGUUGGAGCUGAACUUUGCAGGAAGGUAGAUCUCCAGGAACAGGGUUGAGCACCCCUAUCCUAGACUUUCUAGAAACAUGUAUGCAGGUGUGUUGAGGCAAGUUGGAGCUAGAAUCUGCAGGACACCAGCCCUCUAGGACUGAGUUUGGACACCUCUGGCUUAUAGAAAAUGAAGUUCAAAGAAUUCGCAUCAGUUGUGUUUUGUCACUGAUCAUCCACAAGAGUCGACUUUGCAUCCACAAAUUCUGCCCACAGAUCUAUAUCUAAUAAGAUAUAUAAUGUUAUGUAUAAUUUUUUGUAGUAGAGAAUUAUAUAUAAUAAUAUACUCUCUACUACAGAUCAGUGAUUCUAGCAAUUUUUCUAUUGAGAAAUAGAAAUAAGUAUUGAGUUUGCCGCUCACAAUAAUGACUUUGUGCUGGCGCCAUAAAUACGUUUAGUCUGAUAUGACGAAUGCACCACAGUCACAAUCGAAUACUUUACAAUCAAAACAACAAUGGCGGACUACAGGAUUGUGUGUGUGCAGAUGCACAGCGUUUCUUUACAAAGUGACACUGCCCCCUACUGGCCUGGCAUGCUGUUUUUGCUGAUGCGUGAGCAACACAAGGAACAUUGUCAUCUAAAUGCAAAGCUUCUAUAAAAACACCUAGGCUGACCAUAAUUAAAUAGUUCACCCCCAAAAUCUAUCUAUUCAUCUUUGAAACGCAAAUGAAGAGUUUUUUUUACUUCCUUUGACAAUAUUUGAUGUUUGCUGAUCAGUGUUCAUAUGUAAAUGAAAGUCUAAAUUAAAUCAGUCUCUUCAGAUCAUUGAAUAAAGCACUCAAUCAACAUGGAUAACGUUUACUAUGUCUUUAAAAAAUGAUCUGAAUUAAUAAAGGGACAUACAUUUGUCAGGAAUUACCUUCCUUUGUGUUUUAAAGAUAAAACUUAGUGACAGAACUUCAUUUUUUGACUAAAUUAAUUAUUAAUCAAUUGAAAUAAUCAAGAAACAUAGUUGACACACAAAUGCAAAGACCCUGACCCGGUUUUACCUUGCAGUGUAAAAAGCCAAUUUUGAACUACAAUCUAUUAUAUAUAACACAUAAAGGACUAUCAUAAGGAAGUAACCACUAUGUUUAUAUGGAUCUGCAUGAAUGUAGAACACUUCUUGCACUAUAGUCACACUUAUGACACUAAAUAACCACUUAAUGAUACACAUCUAAACAAAUGCUGAAAAUGAAAGCCAAAUGUUUCCCAUCUUGAUGUGGCAUACAGAAUUAAACGCUUGUAAAAGAAAACAAUCACAAAUCCGUUACACGUUUAUUGGAGAAACAAUGUUAAGCAGCUCUUUUAUUGUUGGUUUUGUGUACUUGCAAACAAACUAAAUAUGAACAAUGGUCAGUUGGACUAGCUUGAAAAGAAAUGUCGUGUCGUCAUUGAGGACUGACUUUUUUUUUUGGACCCAUAAUCCUCUUGACAAGAGUUUCUGGUCAAUUCCUGUUCAGUCGGGUCACUCAAGCUCUCUGUUGUCUCUCAGGAAAGCGAAGACUUGAACAAUCGGCUGCUCUCGUUUGUCUUUCAAUGACCCGAAUGUCAUUCUGAGAGAGUUGUGUUGCAGGUUAAGGCACGCGAUGGUUGAGAACGAACACUUUUAAGACGAUUUACUCAAUAUGUGUCGAUUAUAGAUUUGUGGUGAACCAAUAGGACUUUGAAUGUUUGAUGAUGACAUGUGAAUUUGGUUUUUGCUGUUUUCAUUUAUUUGAAGGUAUUCAUCCACAUCGAUGUUGUAAUGUACUGUAAUAUUCCUUCCAGAUGUUCUGCACUGUUUUAUGGGCAUUCUCUGUUCUUGUGAUCAAGUGUUUUAUUUUUAAUUUGACAUUUGUUUGUGGAAGGCACUAAAAUAGCUUCUUUUCAGUGAAAGAUAAACACAUUUAUUAUUAAAAAUUGGCCUCGCCACACACAACGGCCAAAGUAAAUGGAUUCUUCAUUCAGUUUUACAGCUGGAAAUGCUGUUUAUCCACAUGAAAAUGACCUCAAUUUGUACGUCGCGUUUCUGCACUUCUGAAUCAUCUUGCAUUGGAAUUGAUUCGUCUGGCUGUGUUUAUGUACAACAAAGUAAAGGGGUUUCAUAUUGUGGAUUUCA